AUGGCGCAGCAGCACGGUAUCAUUGCGUUCGAGAUGGAAGGCGCCGGCGUAUGGGACGAGAUUCCCUGCAUAAUCGUCAAGUCAGUCUGCGACUAUGCCGACAGUCACAAGAACAAAAACUGGCAGGGCUUCGCAGCUGUGGCGGCUGCUUCCGCAACCAAGGCCGUUCUCAACAUGUACAACUUCGCUACAUCACCAACAAACACAACAGCCACGACACAUGUCUCUCGCACCAUAGAGACACCACCUCCAGCAUUUAUUGUCCCCUACAAUGAGAACCCAGAUUUUGUUGGCCGCUCAGAAGUCCUCGAACGGGUGAAAGAUCUUUUUGGUCACAGCGAUACUUACCAUCGCCCUGGCAGAAAGCCGCGCUCCAGAGUGGCACUACAUGGUCUCGGUGGAGUCGGGAAAACACAAGUCGCUUUGGCCUACUGUUACUGGUUCAAAGAGAGUUUCCAAGAUGCUUCCGUCUUUUGGAUCCAUGCGAGUAACGUCGAAAGGUUCCAGAAGGCGUUCAGCGAUAUUGCUCGAGAAUGCGAAAUUCCUGGGCACAAGAACAAAGAGGUUGACAUCUUCUUACUUGUCAAGGGAUGGCUGGAGAACAAGCGGCGAGGUCGAUGGCUCCUCGUAUUCGAUAAUGCCGACGACACGGAGGUCUUCUUCCCCACAAACUCCACCGCCGAAGCCGAUCGUCGAACAACCAGCUUAGGGCAUUCUAUACCCGAAUGUUCGCACGGAUCGGUCCUGAUCACCACGAGAAACAAGCAGGCAGGGCUGAAGCUUACUCGAGGAAAGCUGCCCGUUGAAAUCCAAAGGAUGACCGAGACUGAAACUACUCAGCUAUUGCGCACACUAUUAGAAGAUGAAAGGGUGAUGCCUGCAGAAGCGUCGCUUCUAUCGUCACGUCUUGAGCAUUUACCCCUGGCUCUUGCACAGGCAGCAUCUUAUAUACUUGCGAACUCGAUAUCUAUCAAGGCCUACGUCGGGCUCCUGGACAAGAGCGACUCCAGUAUAAUUGAGCGCCUGAGCGAGCCAUUUGAGGCAGUCGGGCGAGACACCAAGACACCGCAUGCAUUGACAGCCACCUGGGCCAUCUCUUUCAAGCACAUUGAGCAUCAGAAACCUAUGGCUAGCAAAGUGCUCUAUUUGAUGAGCUUCUUUGACCGUCAAGCUAUACCGAAGCAGUUCAUCUGGGAUUUCUGCUAUGAAACACUACGGAAAGCGUCGCAUUUGGACAAUGACCCAGAGCUGGGGGAAGAUUCCGAAACUGAUCUUCAAAUCAACACUGAUCUGGAAGUCACCCAAGCCCUGGGGGUUCUCCAGGCAUUUUCCUUCAUCUCCAAGGCUGGUGACGACUUGUUCGACAUGCACAGACUACUCUUCAAAUGGUGCAAAGAGUGUUUCCAGAUGGAAGUCACGAAAACCGAGUGGCAUGUCUUCAACUGCUACCGCAUGCCCUCGCUGUUUUAG